AUGACAGAAAACAAAGAUAAAAUUAAUGACAAGGAUAAAGACAAGAAAACUGAAAGUGAAUUGGAAAAAGAACAUGAAAAGGAUAAAAAUCAACAACAUCAUUCUACAGCACCAAAAGAGCAACAAGCCAAAACAGAGCAACAUGACAGUCGCUGCAAAAGAUUAUCACAAUUUUUGGAUUUGUUGAAUAUACCACGUCAUCAUAGUGGUCACAGCGGUAGCAGCAGCAGCAGCAAUAAUUCCCAGCAACAUUCUCCACAAACGCCACAUGCUGCUUCAGUUGGCAUAGCAAAUUGCUUUAAUCAUGCCAGUAGCAAUGAUGGUGACAUGACUGAACAAGAACAGCAGCAGCAGUAUUUGAAACAUGGCUCUAGAAAACGUUCAUCAUGUGUCAGCUUUCGUAGUGAGAUUCUCUUGUUCGAUUUGGUAAAUGGAGAAAUCAAUGAUUUGAGUGAAAGACCUCAAACUCACAAAGAUGAGUAUGGCACCCAACGAGUUUACAAGAAAACCUCACCAAAUUGUGUUUUAACUUUGUAUUUACCAUCACGUGAAAUUACAUUGUCCGGCAACAGUCCAUCCAUAUUGAGGGGCAUUGUGUUUGUUGAUCCCAAAGCCAUACAAGGUUAUCGAGUGUACGCACAAUUGACAUUGACGUUCCGUUAUGGCCGUGAAGAUGAGGAAGUCAUGGGUUUACGUUUCUGCAAUGAGGCCAUAAUGUCUUUGCAUCAGAUAUGGCCGAGGAAAGAGGAACCGAUUAAGGAAGCUUUAAGUCCCUUGCAGGAGGCUCUUCUAAAACGUUUGGGUGAUGGCGCUCAUCCUUUUACUCUAACAUUAACUUCUCAAGCCCCUCCUAGUGUACAACUAGUGCCAGCGAAGCGUUACUAUGGAGCUCCAAUUGGUACCAGCUAUGAUGUGAGAUGUUUUAUUGCCGACAAAACCGAUGAAAAAUUCCAUCGCCGAGCCUCCGUAAAAAUGGGCGUACGUGUAAUUUAUCGCACAGAUGUCUUCAAUCAUGGCGGAAAUGGACCCGAACAUUUUGCUGCAUUAAUCAACAAUCCUGUUUCUUCCCCACCCGUUACCUUGGCCUGUACAAACACUCAAACUACCACUACACCACCCCUAUGUUCGCACACUACAGAGUCCUCCACAGCAACAGCUCACUCCCAAAAGCAGCGUGAGUCAGUUAAUGCUGAAACUGCUGCAGCAGCAGCAUCAUCUAGUUCCUGUGACUCACGACCUGCUGACAAGCCACGUAAAUCUGAGCGAGGUGACUCCUUUCCUAAGUUGCGCUUGUCACCGAAAUCAUUUCGUUUUAGUGGUCGUUUUGGACGCAGCAAAAGUGAGGUGGACAAGUGUUCAAGUGAUGCUUUCUAUAAUUAUAGCAAAUCGUUUCAGGAGUAUGAAAAUAUUUGUCCAAUUAGCUGUGGUGGUCCCCAGGGGGCUGUGGAUAAACCAUUUUUACUGCAAGAUGGUCGUGUGGGCUUACGUGCCAGUUUGGACAAGGCCUGGUAUACACAUGGCGAGGACGUUUGUGUUACGGUUAAUAUACGUAAUGACAGCAGGAAGACUGUUAGGAAGAUAAGGGUCUGUGCCAUUCAACAUGUCGAUGUUUGCAUGUUCAACAAUGGUAAAUUCAAGAAUGUGGUAGCCGAUUCCGAUAACAUUUCACCACCACCCAUUGACCAUCAUGUGGCUCCCGGAGCCACCCUCAAUACCAACGUCAUUUUAAAGCCUCAAAGGGGACCCACCAAAAACUGGAUUGCCCUGGAGGAUACUCUGCAAAGAAGUACCGAACCGGAUGAAAUAAAUGCUGCCAUAGCAGCCUCAGCUGUUCGUACGCCGCAUUUCCUAAUGCAAGCCAAUCCCUCGCCCAAUGUUUGCACUAGUCCAGCCGUGUUUAUGCCUACUUUGCCAAGUGGUUCUACUGCCACAGCAAAUCCCACCAAUGAUGAGCGUAAUGUAUUUGCCAUCUAUGUAUCCUAUUAUGUUAAAGUAAAAUUAACUUUGUCUGGCAUGGGUGGUGAAUUAAGCCUAAAAUUACCAUUUAUAUUGGUGCACAUAGAUGAACAGCAGAGACAGUUACAUGAAAUGCAUAAACUGAAUUUAGAUGAGGUGCCAGCUAAUAGGAAAAAUGGCCAUAAAACUAAAAUUCCUCUUAAUAAGGUAGAGUCCUCGCAUGAGUUUGCCGUUAGCAAUAAUCUAGAUCGUAUAGAGUCCAUGGAUGAGAGCAAUAUCAAUAGCAAAGUUAAUAUAAUAAAUAGUUGUAAAGCUAAAACCGAACCAAUAGCCGAUGAAGAUCUACUGCCCUCCACCAGUGCAGCUAAUGGUCGUCGACGGCCUUUUAAACGCAGUGAAACUUUAGCUAAAGAUCUAGAGCCAGGAGAGGAAGCUGGUUAUAUAGAAGAUGAUGUUAUUACUAAGGAAACUAAAACCGAAUUAGUACAAGUUGUGGCCCAGGUUCACACCAAUAAUCAUGUUAAUCCUUUAGCUUUAGAUACAAAACCCAUGGCAGAUGUUCCUAAUCUUCUAGGUAAUGCCAAGAAAAAUUCCAAUAAUUUGAAUGAAGAUGAUAUACAACAAAUUUCCGAAAAACUGGAGAGUAAGGAUAAGUGUACAGCUGCUAAUACAAACUCCAAUGGUGUGUGA